AUGCAAAUCAUAUUGGAAUAUCCAAUAAUUUAUCAAAGUGUUUGUUUUGCAUGGGGUUUGUUUGGUACAUACAUCCUAUGGAAAACUUGGAGCAAGAGAAAAACAGAGAAAAAUGGCAAGGAAGAAAUAGCAGAAAUUGGGAAUGAAAAUAUAAUUAGACAAGGAUUUCGAAUAAAUGCUGUACCUGAGAAUGUUGACAUGAUAGUAAUAGGUUCUGGUAUAGCUGGACUUACUGUAGCUUCCAUAAUGGCACAAGAAGGUAAAAAGGUAUUAUUACUUGAACAGCAUGAUGUUAUUGGAGGUAAUACUCAUACUUUUAAAGAGAAGGGUUUUGACUUUGAAACUGGAUUGCAUUAUAUUGGUGGUAGAAUUGGUAAGAAGACAUCAAAUUUAAGAAAACAUUUUGAUUGUAUAACGAAAAAUGGAGUUGAAUGGGAAAAGAUGGAUGAUGUAUAUGAUCUUGUAAUUAUUCGUGAUGGGGAGAAUUGUGAACAAUAUCCGAUG